AUGCCAGUUAUCACGAACGAUCGUUCACCUUUGGACGAUCUAGGAAAUGGCCAUUUCAAUAAGAAUGAUUUAAUUAAGGAUAAAUCUUUUAAGAAUAAUAAUAUGAUUGCAGCACAGAGCCUCUACAGCAAUGCAAACGUUAGUUUAAUGUCAUUUGACACAAUUGCGACUACGGAAAGACUAUUGGACAAGUUAGAUCUUAGUGUUGAUGAUGAAGAAAUCUUACAACAAGCAUUGAUAGAGGAAGAAACAAAGAGAAACCAAUCUUUUAAGGAAUUCAAUGCAAAAGGUUCUGUUCCAGCUUCAAAAUUUCAAUCUUUACGUGACGUUAAGAAGAUACCAGAUCAAACAGUGAAACCAAUUGAAAAUAAUAAUUUGGAAGAAUUAAGUAACAUUAAAUUGAAGAAUAAUGGUACAGUCACCUCUAUUCAACAACAUUCCAUCUCCAAUAAUCGCUAUUCUUAUUUUGUAGAAGAAGAAUCAGAUUCUGAAGAUACAGAAUUAAAUGAUUACAAUCUUCUACAAACUAUUCAUAUUAAUAAAAACAACGAUACUAACAUUACUAAUACUACCAAUAAUAACAAACUUCUUCAUAACAAUAACCAUUUUCAGAAUAAUAUAAGGAAUAACUAUAAUCGAAGUGAUUUUAAUACCAAUUUUAAUGCCAAUAACAACAACAACAAUUUUAAUAAUCAUUCUUUUCAAAUUCAAGAUAAAAAAUUUAGUCAAAAUAAAAGGCAACCAUUCCAAGAUUCACAUAAUUUCCCAAGGAAUCCUUCUCCAGGACUUUAUUUACCUAAUCAUAGCAUGUCAGCGAUGACAAAUAAUAGAAAUCACUACCAACAAUUUAAUAAUGCUCAAAACAUUCCAGGUCAACGUGAAAAAGUCAGGAAUGUAAUUAAUUUUGAAAAAUAUAGAGUACAAAACAAUAUUCAAUCUCAUCAAGGACAUAACUUACCAAAAUCAAGAAGUGUACAUAAUCAAUCUACAAAUAAUAAUUUUCCAUCCACACAAGCUUUGCAUAAUUUACAACAAAAUACUAAACCAUUUCAUAUAUUCAAUAAAAAUACCGACCCUGUAAUACGGCCUAAUAAGAUCUCAAAUACGAGUAGUCAGAAAACUCAAAGAAGCCAAAGUUUUGAAUUAAAUACAAGUGAGGCACUAACAAAACCAAUUUCUCAUUCAUCAGCCGAUACCAUUCCUACAACACCUUCAAAAAAUCAGACCAAUAAUAACUCUAUUUUAUUCUCAACUGAAACUUCUGCAUCUGUAAAUAAAUCAUCACCAGCAGCCACGUCAUUAAAACUAUCAUCUCAUUCAACAUAUAGUGACACUGAACCUGAUUUUAAAACCCAUAAGAAGAAAUCAUCAUUCUCAUUGAAAAAUAUAUUUAGAUCCCCAAAAGCAAACAAAGAUAAAAGAGCAUCGUCCGAAUUGUCUGAAGAGAAUACUGUCCUUCCACUUAAUAGAGAAUUUCUUAUAGACCAAGGAGAUACAAGUAUCUCUUCACCUGAUAAAAAAAAUAAAUUCCAAUUCGGAGGUCCUUUGCAUAUGCCCAAAAAUUUAAGGUUGAAUAAGGGAAAUCAUAAAAAUAAAGAAGGUUAUUCUCAACAUGCUCGUUCAUUUUCAGAUUACGCAGAUACUAAUUUAGGAAGAAAACAUUUCGAAAACUCUGUUAGCAAAGUUCAAAGUAACUCUGAUGUCUAUAAUAAAAAUGGAAACGAUAUUAGAUAUUUUGCUAAUCCUGAAAGAAAGAUGUCUAUGGAGGAACAACAUUUAAUCGUAGAUUUAAGUACUACUAAUAAUAAACAAAGUCAAUCACUUAAAGUAAAUAAUAAUGUUACGAGUAAUAGUGAAACCCAAUCCAAUGUAAUCGAUAACGCAUUAAAAUUAAGAAAUGAAGGUAAGGUAGAAGAAUCUACAGAAGUAUUGAGAUUAGCAUGUUUUGAAAGCAAUUUAACUGCUUUUUUACUUUAUGGUUUAGCAUUAAGAAACGGCUACGGUGUAACAGUAAAUUAUAAACAAUCAUUGCAUUAUAUUAAAGAAGCUACUGGAAUUUUAUCUUUUGAAGAACAAGUAUUUGAAGUAGACAUUGAUCCGAUUAAAUUGGAGAGGGAAUCAAGUGUUCCAGAUAAAAUUCAAGAGCCUCAAGUUCCAGCUUUGUACGAAUACGGAAUUGCAUAUUUGAAAGGAUAUGGUUUUGAUGAACCAAAUGAACAACUAGGGUUAAAAUGUUUAGGAAAAGCAGCUUCUCUGGGACAUGUCGAUUCUAUGUGCAUAUGUGGUACCAUCUGGUCCAGAUCUUCAUAUACUAGGAAAAGAGAUCUCGUCAAGGCAGCUGCCUGGUUCAGAAUUGCAAAAAGCAAAGGUGUUGACUUAGUAGGCUCCGAUUGGAUUUAUAAGGAUAAAUACAAAGAACCUUCAAGUAUCUGA